GUCCUCGAUGUGUGCUGAGCGCUGAUGCAGUACAGUGGUCUCGACAGGUCUAUUCCCUUUCUGGAAGGGUGAUGUAAGCCUCAUGCAAAGCCGAUUAGAAAGGCCACCCCAGUCAGACUAGAGUCCUCACCGUUUUCACCACAAUGGGCCCCACUGUUGUUGCAGAUCUUUCUGAGGAUACCCACUCAUCAAAGAGUCCCCCUGUCCCAAAAGGAUGGACCGCUAAAUUCACAAAUCCCAAGACUGUGCAAAAUAUGCUCCAUUAUUCCACUGGCUUGACAGCGGCCCUUGAGCUCGCUGAAGACCAGGGCUCGCGCUACAUUUUUUUAUCGGGCAAGAACUACUACAUUUGGAACACGGCGAGUGAACAAGGAUGGCAUAUUCUCAACGCAAAGGAUCGCGAUGAAUUGUAUACCAAUGUCGCAAAGGGCAAAGGAGGACUGAAGCUUGAAGAAUUGCCGGAUUUUGGAAGUGAUCUCGAAGAAUGAAUGUUCUUGCGACUCGUAUAUGGUACAUGUUUGGUGUGUGUAAUUUCACUUGCACAAGUUUGUAAGAAAUUGUAACUUUUAGUGCUUGGUCUCAUGAAAGCAAUGACCAGUCAAUCACAGCUUGAAGCAAGACCAUCCCGUCUUGCUGUAACUGAAUUCAAAAACACCCAGCAGCGCGGUCUUGUUUCAGUGCUAAGACCCUGCGUUAC